AUGGCUUUGACAAAUUCAAGACCACUUCAGAUUCCUGCUCUGGAGAAUGAAGCCUUGCACAAUUCUGCAUCACCCAUUUUCCAACCAAGCUCUCUGAGUAGCUCUUCACAGGGCGGGUCUCUUGAGAGCCUGGCAGAGAGAAGCAGCUCGAGCCUUACUUCCGAUGCCGGUGGUGACAGUGCAGGCUCCGAGACUCCAUUGGGCAGAAAAGAUUUGUUGGCGCUGAAAAGAUCUGCGGCUUCAUCUCCCGUACCAUCUUCAAGCGCUGCCUCCGAACUUUCCAUCAUGGUACCAGUCACUGGUCAGCGGCCAAAGCCUAAUAAAAAAGAUUUGUCAAUGGACGAUGACAUUUUGCUGGCGAUUUUUGUCAUACUUUUCGAAAAAGAUCCACAUCAAAAAGGCGUUACCGUCAAACAACUGUGCGACUAUGUAGCCGAAAAGCAUCCGGACAUGGCAGGCGCAUCCACUAAACUUUCUAACUUGAUCUCUGCUAAACUUAAUGCGUAUGUGAAGAAAGUUGAAAAGGGAGAAAAGACACUCAAAUACGCUCUUUCGCGGCAGUGGUCAGAGGGUUCACCUAGGAGAAUGGUUUAUGUGUAUCGUGGUACCUUGGCCCCUGACUAUAAAUCUCACACACAAUCGAUGAUGCUACAGAGGCAUGAUUCCAAGCAAAAGACUGGGAAAUCCAAUGGAAGUUCCAAAAAGGGACAAACUGCAUCUCAGGGGUCGAAUGACGCCAACGCAGAUACCACUGGAGAGAGAAAUGGAGGACAAUCAAAUCGGUCAUUCGCAGUCAACAACAGCUUCACCGUAAGCUCCUUUGCCACGGACUUCAAUAUUCCAUAUGCAGCAUCACCUGUCACCAUGAGAUUAAUUCCCCAUAAUUCAGAGUCUGGUAGUGAUGCCGCUUCCUUAGAAGCAGUGAAAGAUCGCAUGCCCCAGUCAAGCUUCAACGAACCACCAAACAAGAAGCCUAAAAUCCAGCCAGGGUUGCCAGGAGCUGCCGCUCCUUAUGUAACAGCUGCUGCUGCAGCGCCUCGGUUGAACAAGGUUGCCACGAAAAAGUCUCUAGGCCCACAUGAUUCAAUGAAUGCUGCAGUUUCUACUAUCCAGAGACUCAUGGUCACCCAAAAGCCAGUAGAAUCUAUUCUGCCAUCUACGGAUAACGUUUUAGAACCUUAUUCGCCGGGUCUUACUUGCAACUCGUGGCUCCGAACAAUACGCUCAGGCUUCCUUCUCGAAGAAAUUGAGUCUCCAGAGGCGGUUUCUGUUGAAGACCUUGACGGCCUUUUUCAAUGA